AUGAAAAGCUUAGCUGGCUUGCUCAGACAGGCCGGGACUCAAUAUUCGUUUCGUACGAUCGAAUACGUGCUGACAGCCGAGCAUUCGCUAGUGCCAGUAUCACAAUUGGUGGAGAAGUACAAGAUUGGUGCUGAUCAUCACCGGAUUCGUCUAGUCCAAUCGAAUAUUACGCAUUCUGGGCCACUUGACAGCAGUUGCGAGAUGAGUUUCACUCCUCUUCGUAUCGCUGUUGUGACGUGUCGUGACACCUUUUCGGAGACGGUGUUACCGAUUGUACCUAUGGCUGAGUACGGCUCAAGCACGAACCAUGUCCAGGUCAGUGUCUCACGGAUGAUUUAG